AUGGAUUUAAUGGAAAAUCUAGCACGGCUUAAGGAGAAAGAAAACAAAUUAGUUAAGGAAAAGAUGGAGUCUGAAGCACGACUUAAGGAGGAAGAAAACAAAUUAAUCGAGGAAAAGAUGGAGUUUGAAGCAAUGCAAUUCAUAAUGUCAGACACUUCUAAGAUGAAUGAUAGUCAGCGUGAAUUUCAUGAAAAACAUUGUUCGAACAAUGACAUUAAUGUGUUUAACCAAUCCAAUGUGUUUAAUGAUAUUUUGGAAGGACGUGCUGCUAGUGUGCAAUAUACAAUCAAUGGAACUCCAUAUAAUAUGGGGUAUUAUUUAGUGGAUGGUAUAUAUCCUAAGUGGACUACAUUUGUCAAAACCAUUUCAAUGCCGCAAGGAGAAAAGAGAAAACUAUUUGCACAACACCAAGAAUCAGCUAGGAAGGAUGUGGAAUGGGCAUUUGCAGUGCUCCAAUCUCGUUUUGCAAUAAUAUGUGGUCCAGCGCGUGCUUGGCACAUGGAAACCCUCAAGCAUACCAUAUAUGCUUGCAUCAUAUUGCACAACAUGAUUGUCGAAGACGAACGACAUAUAUAUGAAGGUGAUUUUGAUUACUCUUGCGAUAAUGUAGGUAACAACAACUCAACGACCGAAACAUUUAACGGUCCUCAUCCGAAUCUUGCAACAAGACUACAAAGAAGAGCAACUCUUCGUGAAAAACAACUUCAUCGCCAACUUCAAGGAGAUCGAGUCGAGCAUAUUUUGGAACGUUUUGGACACGAGGACGAUGAAAAUUAA